UGAAUUCCUGGAGAUGUUGUCUGGGAAGGAGAACCUUCAGAAGGCCGUUCUCAAGAUCCCUCAGCUGAUGGACAUGGUGGUGUCCCAGGUGGCACCCUUGGCCUCCCUGACCUUCUCGGGCCAUGUCAUCGUCUUUCCCGAGUUUGAAAUGGAGAGCAUGCACAAAACACCAGCCCAGGACCAUCAAAAGGCCUGGAGCAAGGACAAGAAGAAAGAAGGGGCUUUGCCUCUUCUUGGCCAAGUUGGGAGACGCAAAGCGGCUGCUGGCUCCUCUUCAGAGCACAGGGAACCAACUCCUGGCAAAGGUUCUGGACUUCCUUCCCAUGCCCCCACGGAGCCGACUGAACAAGCAGCCCAGCAGGGUGAAAAGAAGAAGCCGGGGAAGGCUCCCAUGAGGCUGCCGGUGAUCCCGGGGCUGCCUGCUCGCAAGGAGAGAAAAUCAGCGCCCAAAGGCAAGGCUGGACAAGCAAAGACAGACGGAGCCUUGAGGCGGAGAGUAGGAGGAGGAGUGGGGAAAUUUCCUCCCUGUGAGGGAGAAAAACUGACGACAACCGAAAGAAAGAUCCCCCGGCCUCGAGGACCCACAGCGCUGUCGUUUCCUGUGAUAAGCGUGUUAUCACCAGCGAGCUCAGAGGCCAGCCUCUCUGAGGAAUCCACCUACAACGUCUUCAGGCUGCAGCCACCAGGAGACGAGGCAGAAGAACUGUUAAAAACGAGGCCUGAGAUCUUCUGGACGACGAUGCAGCAGUGCGGGGGGUAG